GGCCCCUCCCCUGCCAGGCGCGGGACGGGCGCGCAGGCGCGGUCUCUCCUGGUUGUAGACGCGGCGGCCCGGCCGGGCGGGUAAAUAACAGAUGCGGGUGAAAGAUCCAACUAAAGCUUUACCUGAGAAAGGCAAAAGAAGUAAAAGGCCUACUGCACCUCACGAUGAAGACUCUUCAGAUGAUAUUGCUGUGGGUUUAACUUGCCAACAUGUAAGUCAUGCUAUCAGUGUGAAUCAUGUGAAGAGAGCAAUAGCUGAGAAUCUGUGGUCGGUUUGCUCAGAAUGUUUAAAAGAAAGAAGAUUCUGUGAUGGGCAGCCAGUACUUCCUUCUGAUAUUUGGUUGUGCCUCAAGUGUGGCUUCCAGGGAUGUGGAAAAAACUCAGAGAGCCAACAUUCACUGAAGCACUUCAAGAGUUCUGGAACAGAGCCCCAUUGUAUUAUAAUUAGUCUGAGCACGUGGAUUAUAUGGUGUUAUGAAUGUGAUGAAAAAUUAUCAACACAUUGUAAUAAGAAGGUUUUGGCUCAGAUAGUUGAUUUUCUACAGAAACAUGCUUCUAAAAUACAAACAAGUACAUUUUCUAGAAUCAUGAAACUUUGUGAAGAAAAAUGUGAAACAGAUGAAAUAAAGAAGGAAGGAAAAGGUAGAAGUUUAUCAUCUGUAAGAGGACUUACAAAUUUAGGAAAUACUUGCUUUUUUAAUGCAGUCAUGCAGAACUUGGCACAGACUUAUAUUCUUACUGAUUUGAUGAAUGAGAUCAAAGAAAAUAGUACAAAACUCAAGAUUUUUCCUUCCUCAGACUCUCAGCUUGACCCAUUAGUGGUGGAACUUUCAAGGCCUGGACCACUGACCUCAGCCUUGUUCCUGUUUCUUCACAGCAUGAAGGAGACUGAAAAAGGACCACUUUCUCCUAAAGUUCUUUUUAAUCAGCUUUGUCAGAAGGCACCUCGAUUUAAAGAUUUCCAGCAACAGGACAGUCAGGAGCUUCUUCAUUAUCUUCUGGAUGCAGUGAGGACAGAAGAAACAAAGGUAAGGUUUCUUUCUGUAUAUCAUAUAUUGUUUUCAAGAAGAGGAUACAAAACUAAAGAAGUAUUGGGAGGCCAAGGCGGGGUGGAUCAAUUUUCUUCAUUUAUCUCCACGCAGACCAAGCAGUAUUUGCAUGUCAUAGUUCCAGUUCUAAUUAAAAAGUGUCAUUUUAGAGACAGGGAGAAGGAAGAAAGGGGAAAUGACUUUAGGCCUAUAGAAAAACAGGACUAA